GGGAACAAAGUUGCCUCUAUUCACUGGUCCUGAAACCAAAGGUUCUAGCAUUCUCAUUCUUAUCAGGGUGUUCUGGAAAGGAACCACAGAGGACCAUUUCUCUGACCUUCGCCCAGUUGCUUAAGAAAGCUCCUUAGUGAUGGAGGAGACAGUUGCAGUAGGAGCCCCCAGAGCAGACAGGAUAUCUGCACUGAAUGCUUUGCCCUGUCAGAAGCCCAAAAUCUCGAGCCCAGUCUGGGGACUUUCCGAAUCCCCAAGCCACCAACGCCGUCACACACUCCCGGCCAGUGAGUUCCGAUGUCUCUCACCAGGAGAUGCCAUCGGUGUGUUUGAGAUUGAGCGAGAAGCUUUCAUUUCUGUGUCUGGCAGCUGUCCGCUGUACAUAGAUGAGAUCCGGCACUUCCUGACCCUGUGCCCAGAGAUGUCCCUGGGCUGGUUUGAGGAAGGUCGGCUUGUAGCUUUCAUCAUUGGCUCCCUCUGGGACCAGGACAGACUGACACAGGAGUCUUUGAUGUUACAUCGGCCUGGGGGCCACACUGCCCACAUCCACGCACUCGCAGUACACCACACCUUCCGCCAGCAAGGCAAAGGCUCCAUCUUGUUGUGGCGCUACCUGCAACACCUAUGCUACCAGUCAUCUGUUCGCCGGGCUGUGCUCAUGUGUGAGGACUUCUUGGUGCCCUUCUAUCAGAAAUGUGGCUUCCAGAUAGUGGGUCCAUGUGCGGUCAGUGUGGGUACCCUAUCCUUCACUGAACUCCAGUGCCCAGUGCAAGGUUAUGCCUUCCUUCGAAGGAACAGUGGUUGCUAAGUUUUUUCUUCCCUUUCCUCCAGUACUCUCUCUUCCCCUCUGAAGCAGAGUCCUUCUAGAUCCUGGUAAGAGCAUAAAGGCCCUUUGGUGACUGGAAGGAAGUGGUCUGAUGGACCGCUGCUGCCAUGACCAUUGCUCAGAUUUUAACAGCAGCAAAGCCCAGCCACACAGGUCUAGAUUUCCUACCCUUCCCACCAUCCCUCUCCAAGUCCCAUCCCAAUUUAGUUGAAUUGUUAAAAGAGCCA